UGAAGAAGCAUGAAAAUCGAAUCAAAUCAAAUCGAUAAUCAUGGUCCAUUUGGACAAAAAAAAUGGUAAACGAUCACGAUGAUCACGAUCAUGACACAUGGAAUCACAUGGUAUGGCCAUUGGACAUUAUGAUUUUUUAAAUGUGUUUGUUUAAAAACUUGUUGGUUAACGAAUGUCAAACGUAGUUUUGACAUUUAUGGAAAUUUUUCUCUGCCUUCUCAAAUUCACAAAUAUUUCUGUGGCCCAUGCACAUGAAUAAAAGAAAUUGGGCCAGACCUAUUCGGUGGUGUAUCAUCGAUCAAUCAUGCAAUGAUGAUUUAUAUUAUCAUUAUGUACGUACAAAUUAGCCCUGCAUGAAUUAAUCAAUCAAUCAAUCAAAUCAAUUGAUGGAUCGUCGAUUAGGCCAUGGCCAUGGCCAUUCAUGAAUAUCAAACAAAUCUAUAGCCAUGAUGGCCAUCACCACCACACCUAUGAUGUGACACCAAAUGCUGUUUGUUUCCUUGCCCCACACUUGGACAAUUAAUUUGAUCUAAUUUAGAGUGAGUUUGAUUUGUUCUCGAUUAGUUAGUGUUGAUCAACAAUAACAUGUCCAUAGGGUAUAUCUGACCCAAGUUUCUGCUUUUAUCAUCGUUAUCCGUAUGAAUGAGAAUCACAAAUGUCACGAUCUCGAUAAAAGAAAAGAAAAAAAAUUGCCUAAAUUACUUAAUAUCAAGCUACAAAGUAUGGGUGUGUGUGUGUGUGGUGAUGAUAAACAUAUGAUUAUGUGAUGAUGGUGGAAGUCAUAGUAGAAAUGUUGAUCGAAAACUAGAUUCGAACACACACACACACACACACUAGGCAUAACUUUCUCUUUCUCGAACGAAGGGAAGCGAUCGAUUUUGAAAAUCAAUUGAAAUCACAGCAUAACAAUAAUAUUCAGGCGCCCUGAUUGAGUUCUCUCUCUCUCUCUCUAUUCAUGUCGUGGUCAUGUUGGUGGUGGUUGUGGUGGUGGUUCCGAACGAAAUUACAAGUUCAUCAAAGUUCAAAUUGGUCACCGAUCCCCCGAGUAUAUAAGACACAAUUGUUCAUUGAUCAUUCGACUCAUUUUUCGUUGGAUCAAUAUACCUCUUGUGUUUGUUUCCUGUGUCGAUUUUGAUUAAUUUCCCCAUUCAUUCAUGAUGCUCAUCGCAUCGUUUGCCCUGACAAUAUUGGUUGGCUUUAGUCGUGGUCAACAACAACAGCAACAUGUGCCAUCAUUGAGUCCAUAUCAAACGGGAUCUCAACUACAAACAGCCACAACGCCCAAACCAUACUAUCCACCAGCACAGGUUCAUUAUGUGAAUAUUGGCGAAGAUUUAGCUGGCGAUUACAAGUUUGGCUAUGAUACUGGCAAAAAUGGUGCUGGACAAAGUUUCCGUGAGGAAACACGAUUGCCCGAUGGUACAGUGAAAGGUGCCUAUGGAUAUAUCGAUGCCGAAGGCAAACAACGCAUCGUCAAAUAUAGCGCCGGCAUUGAAGGUUUCAAAGUAGAAUCGGAUGAAGAAGCACCCGGACAAGCAACUGGUACGGCUGCAAGAAAUGCAGCAGCAGCAGCAGCUCCCGUUGUACGAACAUAUUCACCACCACCACCACCACCACCAAGACAAGCAUCUCCAUUGGUCACUGCAGCACAACCACAACAACAAUUAUCACCGAUAACGAUAACACGAGGCGAUCCACAAACCCUAACAAUACGUAGCGUAGCCAGUGGACAACAAUUACAACCAAUUUCUAUUCGAACCUACGUUGCAGCCAAUGAUACGAGCUACGCUACAACAAACAAUGGCCAAUCGUCGAUUUAUUCUGCUGCCACACCAAUUUCAGCAUCCGGUUCACCAGCUUAUCGAAUCAUAACGUCACCUGGUUCAUCAUCAUCAGCAGCAUCGGCCUAUCCAGGAUAUACAACUGUAGCACAGACAACAGGGAUGAGCCAACCACAAUACAUGUCUCAGUCUCCUAAUUUAGCAGCUGGUGGCACCAAUCAAUAUUCAUCACCAUCAUCAUCAUCGUCAUCAGCAGCAGCAGCAGCAGCAUAUCAACAGCCAACAGUGAUUACUCGGACAGCAUCAUCACCCGCAACAGCAAUGACAUUAUCCGCUCUAUUGGCACAAGUUGCCCGAUCAUCACCAAAUCUAAGUAGUGUUGGUGGUGGUGGUGGUGGUAACACUCAACAAUUAUCUUCAUUACUUCGACAAGCGCCUGCAACCGCAUAUAGUGGAUCGCCAUUCUCGUCGGCUUCAAUUUAUGGAAAUCAACCAGCUUCUCUUGCUUCCGCUGCUGCUCAACCGCAACCCGAACAGGAAGCUACCACAUGGGGACCACCGGUCAUCAAUAAAGAGCUCUUGAGUUAUAAUAUAGGUGUUCAACAAGGUUGAUGAUGAGUACAACAUAUGCCAAAUAAUGAAUUGUACAAAAGAAAACAAAAACACAUUUCUUGUUCUCAUCACCAUGACCUUUUUUCAUUGAAAAAACGAUGAUUCAUUUUCUUUAUUCA